AUGGAUUUCAAUACCACCCUCUCGCACUCCAUGGCGAGCUAUCCCGAUCUGCUCGACUUCGCUGCCCAGCAGUAUCCGGAGCUCUCGCGUCUCGAGAAGCUGUGGUGGGCUCACUAUGAGUACUGGGACAACAACAUCCUCGCGACAGGAAUCAUCACCUUCCUCGCGCACGAAAUCAUCUACUUCAGCCGCUGCCUCCCCUGGAUCAUCGCCGACGCGCUCCCCAGCAUCUUCAUGAAAUACAAGAUCCAGGACCAGAAGCCGCCCCCCUCCGUCGCCGAGCAAUGGGCCUGCACCAAAUACAUCCUCCUCAUCCACUUCGUCAUCGAACUCCCGCUCAUCGUCCUCUUCCACCCCAUGAUGGAAUUCUGCGGCCUCAGCUUCUCCACCCCCUUCCCGGACUGGCGCCCCCUCACCGCCCAGAUCAUCACCUUCUUCCUCGUCGAAGACGCCUACCACUACUGGCUGCACCGCGCCAUGCACUGGGGCCCCCUGUACCGCUCCGUCCAUCGCAUCCACCAUCAGUACGCUGCCCCCUUCGGUCUGACUGCCGAGUACGCCAGCCCCUGGGAGACCCUCUUCCUCGGCUUUGGUACCAUCGGGCCCCCCCUCGUCCUCGGCCUGCUGGGCUACGACGUGCAUCUCGCCACCGUGCUCGCCUGGGUCGCCCUGCGCCAGUUCCAGGCCAUCGAUGCCCACUCCGGCUACGACUUUCCCUGGAGUCUGCGCCGUAUUGUCCCGUUUUGGGGAGGGGCGGACUGGCAUGAUGACCACCACCGCUACUUUUGGGGUAAUUAUUCCAGUUCGUUUAAACAUUGGGAUGUUUUGAUGGGCACCGUUGCCGGCCCCGAGGCUCGAGAGAAGCGGCGCGCGGAGAGAGCGAAGGCGCAGAAUUAA